GGAGAGGAGGUCAGGGGAAAUCACACGCAGUGAGGGUCGGGACGGUGACCAGGGUGGAAGGCUAAACACCCUUCCACAGCUCCUUCCGUUUGGAAGGCAACUCGGCCGAACCGGUGGGGCCGUGCCUUGGGCAGCACGCAGGCCCGGCCAGGGGGACGUGGACACCGCCCGGGAAAGGGCGGGUUUGCAAGGAAAUCUAGGUGCCUGCGCAGCUUCCUAGGAAGGCUCUUGAGAAUCCGAGGAGGAGAUGGACCCAGCGAAUGCUUUAAGUCAGGAGGGCGAGUCCAAAGGAGGUGUUCUAGCUCACUUGGAAAGACUAGAAACUAGAUCCCGGAAAAAAUUUGAAGAGCCACAGGGUGUACAGGCAGUGGAAAGCACUCUGGGAAGAAAGAUCCACCUGCUGAGAAGCCUGCGCGAUAGGCUGAGGGCUGAAGUGCAGCAGCGUCGGGCCAGGCUGAGGGCUGAGGUGCAGCAGCGUCGGGCCAGGGUGGAAGGCAGUGGAGAACCUGACCAGACACUGCAGGUCAGCGAGCAAGUUUUGGAAAGAAAACGGGAAGACAUUAAAGCCAUUCUGCAAGCGUAUCGUUUCACAGGGCUCAGUGGGAAACUGACGAGCCAGGGCGUCUGCGUUUGCAUCCAGACUGCUUUUGAGGGGAACCUGCUGGAUUCCUACUUCGUGGACCUUGUCAUCCAGAAACCACUUCGGAUACAUCACCAUUCAAUUCCAGCCUUCAUCCCCCUGGAGGAGAUAUCUGCAAAAUACUUACAGACUAAUAUUCAGCACUUCCUGUUCAGUCUCUGCGAACACCUGAAUGCUUACUCGGGGAGGAAGUACCAGGCAGAUCGACUUCAGAGUGACUUCGCAGCCUUUCUGGCAGGACCUUUGCAGAGAAACUCACUGUGCAAUCUACUGUCAUUUACUUACAAAGCGGAGCCGAGGGGCCAGGCCUUCCCGUUCUGUGCCAGACUGCUCUACAAGGACCUCACAGUAACCCUCCCGACUGAUGUCACCGUUACUUAUCAAGGGAUGGACUCCUCCCCCUCGUGGGAGGAACAGCGAGCCAGCCAUGAACACCUACUCUGUACUAAGCCCCUACAUCAAGUGUUUGCUUUGUUUGCAAGAAGAGAAGAAAGGUUGGAUUUGAGUGUGGUCUACUAGGUUUUUUUCAUUAAGAACACAUCAAAGGUAAAAGGAAGUAUUGCACUUUCUGCUCUUGUGACUAAGGUGACAGGGGUUCCAGGCCCCUUCAAGAUUGUCGGAACACGGACCCUGUCACCUCACCUGGACCAUCUGGAGACAAGCUGGUCUCCAGCCUGCGCUCACUUCAGAAUAAAAAGCACUGCUUUCAAGUUACAACUGGCAGCUGACGUUCGCCAGCGCAGCAGUCCCACCUGCCAAGCCCUCAUCUUAAGCUGAGCCUCCCCGUCCACGCCCCCAGCGGCAAAGGCAAGUUGGCCCACUCUGGUACUCUGCUGCUCACAGUGGCCAUGGCCUCGGUGGGAAAGGAGGGCUGGUCAGAACCAGGGCCCUGGAAUCCUCGCACCGGCACUGCGCCUGAGACCCUCGUGCUCUCGGGAGGCCGAAGACUCGCCGAGGGUGGUGUGGCUGCCCUCAGAGCCCGCGGGUCCUGAGCAAAAGGCUGGAGGACAUUUUAAAUCUAAUGUCUACAUGAGUGUGCAUGUCAACAGUUUGGGAAUGUUGGGACUUGGUAGUUUGUCCUUCUCCAAGGCCCUUGAUUCCAAAACAUACAUUCCCUUCCCAUUUGGACCACUGUGGGGCAAGGUGCUGUUCAGGGGUUGUCCACCACCUGGUGGGGGAGAGUCACAGAGGAGCCGUUCGGGAGCGCGGCUGCCUUGUCGCGCCCCUUCAAGAAGAAGGUGAGCAGCUCCCCCUUCCCCUUCACAAAGAUGGGCCCUCGCCUCACAAAGCGGAAGCCGUACUCUCGAAGGAUGGCUUGUGUUUCUUCCACCACCUACAGAGGGAGAACACAGUACAAAAGCUUGGGGUCAGAGCAACCCUGGACCGAGGCUGCCCAGAUGGCACCCAUGCGCAGUACCACCCUUCCUGUAGCACCCUCCUCCCGACCUCCCAGGGAGCAGCAGAACCCAGGGUGCUUUUCUGGGACCCUCCCCCCAAAGUAGUCAUUCUGAAGGGCGAGCAGUGGACUCUGCAGCAGCAGCACCGUUGGAAACUCCUAUUCCCUGCCUAUGCCCUUCCGUGGGGCUUUCCUGCCGGGCCCAUCCGCCACGGGCAGGGUGGCUACAGUGGGAGCUGCUGCAGGCACAAGGCACCAGAAAAGCUCAGACCGGGAAGCAGGGUAUUAGCACACAGAACUGACGUCACGAUUUGCAAACAGGAUCGAGGUUUUUCUUCUCCCUUCUGCAUUUGGCCAUGGAGGCACCUUUCCCACUCUUGCCCUUCGCCUCAUGGCACUGCCACACUCUUUAAGGAGGACACGGUGUGUGGCAGAACGCACACUGCUUGCAUUUUGUUCCCAGCUCCUGUGUCCGAGCACAGCUGUCGUGGCACAGACCUGAAUGUUGCCCAUGACCCCUGUGGACUCCAUCCUGCUGGCUACGUUGACUGUGUUGCCCCAGAUGUCAUAGUGUGGUUUCCGGGCUCCAAUGACUCCAGCCAGGACCCCUCCUUUGUUCAUGCCUAGGGCAGAUGUGUGAAGGUCAGUGCAGCCGCGCACCAGCCUGCACCUACAGAGGAAGCUCCCAGCCCCUCAGACUGUGUCACCCCAUCCCUACCAUAAGUCUGAUUACGUAACAUGUUCGUCAUUAAGCCUGUCUCUCUAAGGUACUGGAGGGCAGAAUUCAGAUCUAUUUACCCUGCCUUCAUGUGCUCAGCAAAUUGUCAGCUACACCCAACAUACUGAUUAGCUUAGCACAGAAGUUGCCAGUUCCUAACACAGAUCUGGUACUUUGUCUCCUGUAACCUCAUCAGAAAUUAGGAACCUCCCCUCUACCUCUGCCAAUUCCCAGUAGUAAGUAGCAGGUGACUGAUUCCUAAGAGGCUGGGAAGAGGUGAGCAAAGCCCUCAGUGGGUGUAGAUUUCCUAGGUAGACAGCACACUUCCCAGCCAGACUCAGGAGGAAGCUAUCAUUGGAGACACUGGGGCAGGCACAGCUGACCAUAAUUCUGUCAGCCAGCUUUUCAGUCUGCUCACCUAGAACAGCGUGGACCAAAGAUCCUUAAGGUGCCUUCCAGCUCUAUGAGCACAUGACCCUCACCAACCUAAAUGCCUCCAGGCCACUCCCUCCUGCUGACUCUGUACCCCCUGUAUCAAUGCAGUCAGAGCCUCACCUAUGCGCAGCAUGAAGUUGUUGAAGGACUGGUUGUUGAUGUUGGUGAGUGUGUCCUUCAUGGCCAGUGCAAAGUCAGCCAGGUCAGCCAGGUGCUGCCAGCGCUCCUUGUCUGACUUCUCCUCCUGUGCCAGAGAGCAGCCACGAAGGCAUCAGGGGCCAGUCUGGGCCCACAACCAUAGCAGCCUCCUUACCUUUCCUGAACGGUCUGCAGGGCAGUCGCUUCACUUGGUGGUUAGGGCCUAUUCUUUACUUUUUCCACAAAGGAGUCUGCGCCCUCUUAACACCCACUCAUCACUGUGACAGAGACUGGGCAGUGGUGGUGGGGAGGACAAAUCCUACCCAGCUCUUCCGCCUCCUGUGUGUCUGUCUGCUCAGGAGCCAUGUCUCAUCAUCUUGUCUGAACCUGGUCUUGAAACUUGGGACAGUUGUCCUUUGUUUUGAUUCCUCAACUAGAUUGUAAGCCCUGAGAGUUAGGCAUGUCUCUUUGACCUCAUCCAUAAAAAGGAGACGGCAGUUGUAAGAUAAAGCAGGGUGAUGAGGUUUUAAGAACAGCCCUUGAGACCAGGGCCCCCACAGGUCAUUUCUUCUCCCUCUGGUAGGUACACAGAGCUCACUUCACGAGUCUGACUUAACAAAACCACAUCCCCAGUCCGGAUGUGUUCACUGCAGCACAGUUGUGUAGAUGGUCCUGCUGCCCUGUCCUCAGGAAAGUACCGAAGGGAGCGUGGCCGCACUCCCAUGGCACCGUGUGCCAGGCCGAGGAACAGCAGCGGCUGCAGUGUGUACACUGUCUUAGGGACCCGACACUGCUCGGUCCCAGUGGUGUCUGUACUAGUGCAAAGUGCCUCUGUGCAGCAGUGCUUAACGUUAGCUACUCCCGUAAGUUCUGGUUCCCCGUGUGCUUGGCCUGGGCUGCCUCUCGCCUCAAGAGGCAGAGCCCCAUCUGCUCUCUGGCCACUGAGCUGGUUGAGUACCUUGUUGGAGCUGGUGAAGCCGUUGGUGUUGACAUCUGGGGUGACUCCUGAAGCUGCCAUAUAGGUACUGCCGAUGGUUUUAAUCUUGGUGAUGAUCCGGAAUUUGGGAUUGUCUAGAAGCUAAAGCCAGUAUUAAGAAAAACUGUCAGCAAUUGAGAUGAAUAAGCCAACUACAUGACAGAUUUGUCUGUUUACAAUGACCUGCAAAAUAUCUGAGAUGCUUUCAUAUAAAAGCUUUACUCUGCCAUUUAUCUGCCACAUGA